UCACGGCUAUAUAAGCGGCGGGCGGCGGGGGCGGCGCCGCAUUCGCGGCUCGAUGGAGGGGAGCUACGAGGCCUGUGCAGAGGCGGCGGCCUGGCUGCGGGCCCGGCUCCGGGAGCCCCCCAAGGUGGCCCUGGUCUGCGGCUCGGGGCUGGGGGCUCUGGCCCAGGAGCUCACGGACCCCCAGAGCUUCGACUACGCCGACAUCCCCCACUUCCCACGCAGCACCGUGCAGGGCCACGCCGGGCGGUUGGUGGUCGGGCGCCUGGGGGCGGGGCCUUGCGCCGUCCUGCAGGGCCGCUUCCACCUGUACGAGGGCUACAGCCCCGCCCAGGUGGUGAUGCCGGUGCGCACCCUGGCCCUGCUGGGCGUCCACACCCUGGUGCUGACCAACGCCGCGGGCGCCCUGAGCCCCGGCCUGGCCCCGGGGCACCUGCUGGUCAUCCGCGACCACAUCGACCUGCCCGGGCUGGCCGGGCAGCCCCUGGUGGGGCCCAACGAUGAGAGGUUCGGGCCGCGCUUCCCGGCCAUGACGGACGGAUACGACCCCGCCCUGCGGCGCCUGGCGCUGGCCCUGGCCCCCCCCGAGCUCCACGCCCGCCCGGGGGUCUACGUGGGCGUGGGGGGGCCCAGCUACGAGACCUGGGCCGAGUGCCGGCUCCUGCGGCGCCUCGGCGCUGACGCCGUCGGGAUGAGCACGGUGUCGGAGGCGGCGGCGGCGCGGCACUGCGGGCUGCGCGUGCUGGGGCUGUCCCUCAUCACCAACGCGGCCCCGGGCGACGAGGACGAGGAGGAGGAGGAGGGGAAGGAGAAGGGAGGAGGCGGCGGGGCCGAGGCCGCGCCCCCCGGGCACGAGGAGGUGCUGGCGGCCGCCCAGGAAGGGGCUCGGCACCUCCGCAGGCUCCUGCUGGCCCUGGCGCCGCGCCUGGCCGAGGCCGCGCGCGCGUAGGGCCCCGGCGGGAUCCCCCGGGCCCGUCCCGUGUGCCUCCCGUGUGUGUGUGUGUCCUUCACGUGUUGUUCCUGCUGAUUCCGGCCUGAACGCCCGCCCUGCGUCCGUCCUGUGGCGUUCACGUGUUGCUACUGCUGAGUCCAGACUUUGGCACCCUCCAUCGGUCCCAUGUCCAUCCCUCCUGUGUCCAUCCCGUGUCCAUCCCGUGUCGUUACUGCUGAGUCCAGACUUUGGCACCCUCCAUUGGUCCCACGUCUGUCCCGUGUCCCUCCCGUGUCCAUCACUGUGUUGUUACUGCCGAUUCCAGACUUUGGCACCCUCCAUUGGUCCCACGUCCAUCCCGUGUCCCUCCCGUGUCCCUCCCGUGUCCGUCCCGUGUCCACCACGUGUUGUUACUGCUGAUUCCAGACUUUGGCACCCUCCAUUGGUCCCACGUCCAUCCCGUGUCCAUCCCGUGUCCGUCCCUUGUUGUUACUGCUGAGUCCAGACUUUGGCACCCUCCAUCAGUCCCACGUCCGUCCCGUGUCCGUCCCGUGUCCAUCCCAUGUCCAUCACAUGUUGGUCCUGCUGAUUCCGGCCUUAAACAUUGCCCCUCAGUCCCGUGUUUAUCCCGUGUCCAUCCCGUGUCCAUCCCGUGUUGUUCCUGCUGAUUCCGGCCUUAAACAUUCCCCCACUGGUCCCGUGUCCAUCCCAUGUCCAUCCCAUGUCCAUCCCAUGUUGGUCCUGCUGAUUCCAGCCUUAAACAUUCCCCCUCGGUCCCAUGUCCAUCCCAUGUCCCUCCCGUGUCCGUCAUGUGUUGUUCCUGCUGAUUCCGGCCUUAAACAUUCCCCCUCAGUCCCGUGUCCAUCCCAUGUCCAUCCCGUGUUGUUCCUGCUGAUUCCGGCCUUAAACAUUCCCCCUCAGUCCCGUGUCCAUCCCGUGUCCAUCCCGUGUCCAUCCACGUGUUGUUCCUGCUGAUUCCGGCCUUAAACCCCCCCCACUGGUCCCGUGUCCAUCCCAUGUCCAUCCCAUGUCCAUCCCAUGUUGAAUUCCCGCCGAUUCCAGCCUUAAACCCCCCCACCUCCUCGCUCCCGUGUCCGUCCCGUGUCGAUCCCGGUGGUGCCUUAAUCCCGUGGGAAUCCCGUGUGGCCGAGCCUGCGCUCGCCCCAUGCCAUUCCCGUGCCAUUCCCAUGCCAUUCCCGUGCCAUUCCCGUGUGGCCCCUUCCUGGGCUCGCCGCUGGCUGUGCCUUAAUCCCUUUUAAAUCCCUUUUAAACCCCGUGAGGGACCCGUGACGAUCCCGUGUCCGGCCUGUGUUUGUCCCGUGCCGUUCCCGUGCUGCCCCUCUCCCCCUGUCCCCCCUCGACGGUGCCUUAAUCCCACAGGAAUCCCACAGGAAUCCCGUGACAAUCCCGUGUCAUUCUCAUGUCAGUCCCGUGACAAUCCCAUGUCAGUCCCAUGUAAAUCCCGUGUCAGUCCCAUGUAAAUCUCAUGACUAUACCACGUCAUUCCCAUGUAAACCCCAUGACAAUCUCGUGUCAGUCCCGUGUCAGUCCCAUGUAAAUCCCGUGUCAAUCCCGUGUCAAUCCCGUGUCAGUCCUAUGUAAAUCCCGUGACAGUCCCAUGUCAAUCCCAUGUAAAUCCCAUGUCACAUGUAAAUCCCGUGUCAAUCCCGUGUAAAUCCCGUGUAAAUCCCAUGUCAGUCCCAUGUAAAUCCCGUGACAGUCCCGUGUCAAUCCCAUGUCACAUGUAAAUCCCGUGUCAAUCCCGUGUAAAUCCCGUGUCAAUCUCAUGUAAAUCCCGUGUCAGUCCCGUGCCAGGCGUGUCUCAAGCCCAGGGUUCUUCUCAUGUCGUUCCUGUGUCAUUCCCAUGUCAUUCCCCCCUUCCCAGGGCAUUAAUUACCCCCCUUUAACGAGCCAUGAACUCUCAGGACAAGGGGCCAGUGACCUCCCCCCACCCCGGGGCUAAUUAGCCCCCAUCUCUUAAUUAUUCCAGCCUAAUUAGCCCUGCUCUGUGAGUUACCCCAGGCUAAUUAAUCACCCUGGGUUAAUUAUUCCGGGUUGAUCAACCCCCGUGGAUUGAUUAGUCAAGGCUAAUUGGCCCAACUUGUUAAUUAUUUGAGGUUAAUUAGCCCACCCAAUUAGUUUGUUCCAGGUUAAUUGUUAUUGAUGAUAGCGGAUUGAUUAACCCAGUUAGUGUAUUAUUCACGGUUAAUUAAUCCCAUUAAUAUAUUAUCUGAGGUUAAUUAGUGCCAUUAGUGACUUAUUUGAGGUUAGUGCCAUUAAUGUAUUAUUUGAGGCUGAUUAAUGCCAUUAAUGUUUUAUUUGAGGCUGAUUAAUGCCAUUAAUGUGUUAUUUGGGGUUAAUCAAUUGCUGUGAUUAAUUACUCAAGGCAAAUCCGCUGCAUUAAUUAUUUAUUCAGGGCUGAAUGAUCCCUCGAUUAAUUAUUCCGGGCUAAUUAGCCCCGAUAACUGAAGAUCCAAGGCCUUAAUGACUAAUUGUUCCAGGCUGAUUAAUUAUUCAUUAAUUAUUUCUGGUUGAUCAGCCCCUCCCCCCCGUUAAUUAUUAGGCUACAUUACCUGCACUGAUUAAUUUAUUCAGGGUGUUAAUUAACUGAGGCCAAUUACACCUGGAAAGAUUAAUUAGCAAAGGCUAAGGGGCUCCUGAUAAUUGCUCAAGGCUGAUUAAUCUCACUGAUUAUUGAAGCUUAAUUAGCCCCAGGAAUGGGUAUUAAUUAAUUAUUUCAGCCUAAUUAACUAUGCAGCACUGAUUAGUGCAGUCAAUUAUUUGGGCCUAAUGAGGGGUGUUAAUUAAUUAAUUAUUUCAGCCUAAUCAGUGCUCCUAAUUAAUCAUUCCAGCUCAUUUACAUUCCGAAUCAGCCCCUUCCCCCCCCCACUCCAGAGGAGAUUUAAUUAAUUAUUUAAUUAACGAAGGAGGGGGAGGGGCGUGGCCAAGUCAGGUCGCUUCGGAGCCUUAAUUAAAGUGGAUUAAAGUUAAUUGAAAGUCAAAUAAAGUUAAUUGAAGUUAAUUAAAGUCAA